AUGUCAAAUAAAGAUAGAUCAUUAGCUAUUUUAGCAGAAAAAGUUGAAAGAUAUGAAGAUAUGGUAAAAGCAGUUAGAAAUAUGGCAGAGUCAAAUGUUGAUUUAUCCCGAGAAGAUAGAAUCCUUUUUGCAACUGCUUAUAAAAAUAUAAUUAGUAAUAGCAGAGCAUCAUGGCGUCAACUAUCGUCAAUAGAGAAAAAUGGAACUGAACCCGAUGAGAAGGAAGUUGUCAAAGAGUAUAGAUUGUCUAUUCAAAAGGAAAUAACUGAUAUUUGCAUUGAAGUGAUUGGUUUGCUAGAUGCCAAUUUGAUACCGUCAAGUCAGUCCGGCGAAUCAAAGAAUGCAUAUCUAAAGUUGAAAGGUGAUUACUAUAGAUAUCUAUGUGAAAUAUCGGAUGGCAACGCUUUGAAAACAUUCAUGGAGCUCUCUGAGAAGUUCUAUGAAACUUCAACCAUGGGAUGUUUAGAACUCUCUGAAACCAAUCCUACUAGACUUGGUCUAGCUCUUAGUUUUUCUGUUUUCUAUUAUGAAAUUAAAAAACAUCCUCAAAAAGCUAUCCUCAUCGCCCAAAAUUCUUUGGAGGGCGCUAUUCAAAAGAUUAGUCAACACACUGACGAAUCUACUCUUGCAGAAACCACAUUGCUUAUUCAACUGUUGAGGGACAAUUUAAAUUUAUGGAUUUGUAAAAAUAACAAUGGUUUUUAUACUGAGAUCAAAAAAAAUAUUGAGUUCGGAAAAUCCCUCAACACUACAGAUAGGCAAAGGGUAACCAAUAUAGAGACAGAUCAUGAUGGUGAUAACCAAUCUAGGUUUAACUAUGUUCAAUCCAUUCUAAUGUAUUAUUUUUAUGCUGCUCUAAGUGAGAUUAUCAAUGUUACUAGUAGAGAACCAAUGAAUAAUAAUUAA